AUGAGAGCUCUUGCAGAGAGAGGUCACCAGGUCACUGUCAUCACCACAGAUCCACUGAAGGAUCCCCCGAAAAAUUUCACGCAGAUUGAUUUGUCUUUCACAAAGACGACCAUAGAUAUACCGAAAUUUGUAAUGGAAAUUGGACAAGCAGGACCUGCGGGAGGGAUGGAAGUACUUCUGCCUGUCGCUGAGACUUUGUGUAAACUCAAUUUUGAGUUCCCACAAAUAAAGAAACUAUUGGAGUUGCAAGAGAAGUUUGAUUUGGUGGUCUUGGAAACGUUCAUGCUCUGGUGUUACUUCGGUUUUGUGCACAAACUGGGCUCACCGCCGAUAGUGGGAUUUCUCUCCGCCGGACUGACUGAGACUACGAGUAACUUCUUGGCCAAUCCAAUCAAUCCGGCUUACAUGCCGUCCCUAGCUUCGGCGUACACAGACCACAUGGACUUCUGGCAGCGCAUGGACAAUGCCCAACUCACUCUCAGGCUGUUGCGCUCCUUCCAUAACGUUAUACUGCCUUUUCACGACCGGCUGAUACAGGAGCAUUUCGGAGCAGACAUGCCCAGUCUGAGCGUUAUGCUGCGCAACGUGAGUGUCAUGAUAACGGGAAAUGACUUCGUGUUGGGUUAUCCUCAGCCAGUGGUGCCCGGCAUCGUGCACACAACAGGCCUGCACAUCUCCAAUGAGCGGAAACCAUUGCCAAAGGUGUAG